AUGCUGCUAAAAAACAUUGGUGCUAAAAGUAAAGAUUAUCUGGUUUUAUUUCUGAAAACCUCAUCCAUACACGGUUUGAAUCAUUUAGUAGCUCCACGAAGACAUACAUGUGAAAUAUGUCUCUGGGUAUUGGUUUUAAUAACUUCGAUUUUUGGAUCGAUAUACCUAUCUCAAACCACUUGGUUAAGAUACCAGUCAUCACCUACUGUGGUCUCUAUGGAUCGUGACAUGUAUGCCUGGAAUACAACCUUUCCCUGUGUCACCAUCUGCAACGAUAAGAAGGUUGAUCCAGCUAAGCUUGAACAAUUCCUACAGUCCCGAGAUGUUAAAGACAGAGGAGAACUUAAGGCUUUUUUGUUGGCUUUAGCUAAUGCAUCAUUCACAAACUUUGAAACCAUUCCAAUUUAUAAAGAUGUGGACCCGACGCAGUACCUUGACAUACUUCUAAGAAUAUCAACAGGGUUUAAACCUAGCUUGACAAUCGGAGUGCUGGGAAGAGAUUUAGAAAUCAUACCAACAAUCACAGAGAUGGGCCUGUGCUAUGCGAUCAAUUCUAAAGUUGCAGUAUAUAAUUCUCCAAAUUACUUAAAGGCAAACCGAUGGGACAUGAUCAAAGAUCAGAACGAUACUCUCAUGGUUCAUCCACUGGAUGGAGAAGUGUUUGCGCACAUCAUGAACAUAUCCUCUUAUUAUGUUUACAUCCACGGGCCAUUGGAAGGGCCAGACAUUGCGAGCAAGUUCCAGCAUUCUGCUGAGAUGUUUUAUAUGAAAAUUUACGUAACAGCUAUAACUGUGUACACGUCUCCCCAGGCUGCCAGUCUAACAAUCGGACAGAGACGCUGUCGCUUCGCGCAUGAAAAUAACCUUACGCAUUUCGCGGUAUAUUCGUACACCUAUUGCAAGAUGGAGUGUCGUGCGCGCCUCUGUCUCAAGUACUGCAAAUGUUUACCAUACUUCUACAGAGUUAUUGGCGAUGAAAAAAUUUGCGACGUUGAAGGAUUGCAUUGUUUAGCGAAACAUAAAGAUGCUUUGUAUAAAUUACGUGAUAACAGAGGAAACAAGAUAAGUUGUGGCUGUUUACCGAUAUGUGAGGAUGUGAACUACGUCAUACAGUCAAAUGAUAUACAAGAAUGGUUUUUAGGGACAAACCUGCAGUGGGGUAUCGCAAGUUAUCCUCGCAUGAGGUAUCGCAGGGAUAUUAUUUUCGGAUUCACUGAUCUUCUAGUGGCGGUGGGUGGGAUGGCUGGACUGUUUCUAGGCUGUAGUGUCCUCAGCUUCCUGGAGAUUAUUUACUUUUUAACCCUACGAUUGUUCUAUUACACUCGCACUAAUAUACGUAAUUAA